UCCCCCCCUCGUCGCGCAGCCGGACCACAGCGCUGCGGAGCGGGCAGCAGACGUGUCCUGCGCCGGGGACCACACGCACUGGAAAACGAUCGAAAGAAAAGCGGACGCUGGGAUAUUAGCACCUUUGUGUCGUCGGGAUCCCGGUGGGAACUCUUCUGACUGGAUCUACUGCGAUGAAAUAGCGUCGCGAGGAGUGCCACGUCCGCGGCGGGAGAGCGAAGAGAGCCGGAGGACCAGCGAGGAAGGAUUGUCGAUACAAACGCAAAUAACCAAGCAUCUUCAUCAUAUGAAGAACAGACAAAGAUAAGAAGGUUGGCCGUCAUCAUGUUGUCCUGAUCUGACCGGCCUCCUCUGCUUCAAGACUACGUUUCCCAUGGAGCCGUGCGCCGACACACACGAUGUUCAACCAUGGAGCCACCAGUCAGGGUUCUGGACCCAAAGAGCCAGUGAGACAGAAGAGGACCUGAUAUUGUGAUAACACCCUCCAGUACCUGGACCCCAUCCUCCUCCUCCUCCUCCUCCUCCUCUUCCUCCUCCUCCUCCUCCCUCCUGCCCGUCCUCCAGCUGAGGCCUCACCUGUUGGAUCAGAGUUUUAUCCUCUCAGUCCAGCACACGGAGCAGCUGAUCAGACGGGAGCCAAUCACAGAGCAAGGAGCAGUCGGGGGGCCCAGGUUCCGGUCCGGUCCGGUCCCGGUCUCAGUCCACGUCCUGCUGCAGGAUGGCAGGUCUGUCGUUCUGUUUGGCUGCGGUGGCCGCCGCUCUCCUGCUGACCCUCAGAGCUGACGCUGCAGGUCAGAACCCGGACCACGUGCUGCAGGGGACCGGGGUGAAACCAGAGGCCCGGCGGCCCGGCGAGGACUCCACCAUCGCGCCCGAGGACGCCGCUCGGUUCCUCAGCUGCUACUGCUCCGGACACUGUCCCGAGGACGCCACGAACAACACCUGCCAGACGAACGGUCAGUGUUUCGCCAUCAUCGAGGAGGAUGAGCACGGGGAUUCCAUCCUCACCUCGGGCUGCAUGAAGUAUGAAGGCUCACACUUCCAGUGCAAGGACUCCCCCAAAGCCCAGACAAGGAGGACGAUCGAGUGCUGCAACACCGACUUGUGCAACCGAGACCUGCAGCCCACGCUGCCCCCGCAGGCCCCCUCCGAGGGAAGCCCCCAUUGGCUAGCCUUCCUCAUCUCCAUGACGGUCUGCUGCUGCACGCUGAUCUGUGUCACCGUGGUGUGUUACUACAGGUACAAGUGGCAGACGGAGCCUCAGCGGUAUCACAAGGAUCUGGAGCAGGAAGUCUUCAUCCCCGUGGGCGAGUCGCUCAAAGACCUCAUCCACCAAUCACAGAGCUCCGGCAGCGGCUCCGGGCUCCCCCUGCUGGUGCAGCGGACCAUCGCCAAGCAGAUCCAGAUGGUGCGUCAGAUCGGUAAGGGGCGUUACGGCGAGGUGUGGCUGGGCCGCUGGCGAGGAGAGAAGGUGGCCGUCAAAGUCUUCUUCACCCGCGAGGAAGCCAGCUGGUUCCGAGAGACGGAGAUCUACCAGACGGUCCUGAUGCGACACGAAAACAUCCUCGGCUUCAUCGCAGCCGACAUCAAGGGCACGGGCGCCUUCACGCAGCUCUUCCUCAUCACCGACUUCCACGAGAGCGGCUCGCUGUGCGACUACCUGAAGCUGAGCACGCUGGACACGCAGACGCUGCUGCGCCUGGCGUACUCGGCCGCCUGCGGCCUCUGCCACCUGCACACGGAGAUCUACGGCACGCAGGGCAAACCGGCCAUCGCCCACCGGGACCUGAAGAGCAAGAACAUCCUGAUGAAGAAGAACGGCACCUGCUGCAUCGCCGACCUCGGCCUCGCCGUCAAGUUCAACAGCGACACCAACGAGGUGGACGUCCCGCUGAGCACCCGGGUUGGGACGCGGCGCUACAUGGCCCCCGAGGUCCUGGACGACAGCCUCAACAAGAACCACUUCCAGGCGUACAUCAUGGCCGACAUGUACAGCUACGGCCUGGUCAUCUGGGAGAUGGCCCGUCGCUGCGUCACCGGAGGGAUGGUGGAGGACUACCAGCUGCCGUACUACGACACGGUGCCCUCUGACCCCUCGUACGAAGACAUGCUGGAGGUCGUGUGUGUCAAAGGUCUUCGACCGACGGUGUCGAACCGCUGGAACGGCGACGAGUGUCUCCGGGCGAUGCUGAAGCUGAUGUCAGAGUGUUGGGCUCAUAACCCCGCCUCCCGACUCACCAUCCUGCGAGUCAAGAAGACGCUCGCCAAGAUGGUGGAGUCCCAGGACAUCAAGAUCUGACCUUCCUCCUCAUCGUCAUCCUCAUCAUCGUCCUGGUCUGCUGGAUCCACCUGAACUCACACGACCUGACCUGGACCUGAUCAGACCGGAUCAGACCUGGACCGGAUCAGACCCCGGUCUCGCCUUUCAUCAGGAGGAGGAAGAGGAGGAGAUUAAAUGAAUGAAUGAAUAAAGGACCCGUCUCAGGGCUGAACUAUGCUCUUCCUCAUCCUCCUCUUCCUCCUCCUGCUUCAGUCCGUCAGCUGGAAACAAACCUGGAGUCCUUCCUCCUCCUCCUCUUCCUCGUUCUGUGCAGCCGGUUUGACGCUUUCUGUGAAAGCCAAAAGAGACGAUUUAAUAAUUUUGCUGGCGACUCUUUGUUGGGGGCGGAACUCUUCAUGCUCGUGAAUGAAAAGAUGUUGUUUUUUCAGGACCCGCCUCCUCCAGCCUUCCUCCUCCUCUUCGGCCCGUUGUUUUUGAUUUCCUCUUCAGGACUGAGUUCUCCUGCCAUAUUGAAAUAUAUCUCCACUCUGACAGUAGAGUUAAAUAUACAGACAGAAAUAAUAAGGUACUAUUAUUAUAUAAUGUGUGUAAAUAGAUGUAAUAAGAUGUAAUGAGAUGCGGCGCCUCCUCCUCCGACACUGAGCUGCAGUGUGUCGACGUCCGGCCGCUAACGGGACGAGAAGGAGUCGCCGAGGAGACGUCCACCGUCCUGUCUGUCUGUCUGUCUAUCUGUCUGUCUGUCUGUCUGUCUCUAUCUCUCUCCUGUCUGUUUGUCUGUCAGCAUCCUGUCUGUCUACCGUCCUGUCUGUCUGUAGAUUGUUGUCAGACAGUUGUAAAGUUGCUGCUCUGAGUUAAAUCCUCGGUGGUUGAAGCCAAAAUGAUCCCAGAGUCGAAACCUGUUUUUGUAUCGUAGAGGAAGAAAAGUAAAACCAGGAAACUGAUGAAAGGUUGGAUUGAUGAUCUAAAGAAAAUGUUUUCGUAGAUCCCAGUUAUCAAAAUUGAAUCACCGAUUUUUUUUUUCUCGACUCUUUUGUCUCUGAAGAAGAUAAAGAGACCAAAUUGAAUGUGAAUUUAUGGUUGAAUAUUUUACUAUUUUUUUAUAUAUUUUGAUCCCAAGUAUUUUUUUGCAAACACCUUUUGUUAUUUGAAAGUCCGUAAUUUGCGUCCUGGGGUACAAGUAAAAGUACAACAGUGUAAAUUUUCUCGAUUACAGAUAAAUGAUCAUUUAAAGCGAAGAAAAUUUUAUGAUUCUUUUGAACAAAUGUUGAACGUUUUGUGCCUCAAACUAAAGUGGAAGUUUCAGAAAACUGAAACACUCAGGUUGGUGAGUUAAUGUUCAUCUCACCUCAUUUAAUUAAGAGUAAGAAACCUAGAAUUUCCCAAUUCUUCCUGAAGCUUCACUUUGGCUCCUCCCACCGAGGUUCAACUUGUUCAGUCAGAUUAUUAUUAAAAUAAACUUCCUUCAUUUACUACAAAAAAAUGUAAUCCAGCUUCUUCAAAAUAAAGCAGGAAAAAGUUUCUUCCUUCUUUCCAGAAAAAACCUGGUCAUUGAGAAGAGAUUGAACUAAAGUGUCCAGAAAGAGAAGUUAACCGUUCGCACAGUAGUAAUAUUUAAGAGCAGUAACUUUAGUGUUUUUCUGUGUAUUGAAUAUGAAAGAAAAGCCCCAGUAUAUAGAAUAAUCUCUAAUAUGUAAAAAUCUUUCAUGUUUUGUUUUGUACAGCAUCUUGUUCGGUGCCUUAUGAGUUUACCAAGGAAAAUGAAAAACUCUGUAUUCAGUCUGUCCAAUGUAACAAUUUUUAAGUAAAUAACCUUAUUUUAGUAAACAAA